AUUCCAUUGACGCAUUUCGUCUAAAUCCUCUACAUUAUCUUUUGAUGGUUGUUUGCAAGACGAGUUUGAAUGUUGUAUGCCAACUUAGUUUAUUGAUGGAGUUAUCCUAUUCAUUGGAAUCACUACAUCGUCUGAUCAGUUAUAAUUGAAUAAUACGAUUACUUAUUGUUAAACUGAUGGCGUGCAAAUCCCGGUGACUUCCUCGUUCCAAUUUUGCUCAAGCUUCUCCAUUAAAAAAAUGCCAACUGUAAGUAUGGCUAAUUUCGAUGGCGAAGACCUAUUGAGUGCUAGACUUCUGUCAUUUAUGGCUAAUGGUGAUCAGUCGAAUUCAGAGGGACAAUAUCAUAUGAGUGGAAAUAAUGAAUUUAAUCCAUCGAAUUUGUGUUCACUUAUGUCAGAAUCUGGAAAUACAAGUUACAAUAUUAAUUCGCCAAGUCACCGGAGCGUUCAAACUCCACUUAUUUACGAUAGAACGUCUAGUGGGAUAUCUUUAAGUCCUUCAAAUGAAAAUGGAAUAUAUGGUGGAUUACCCGUUAGUCCUAUAUCGGGACAAAGUACUCCCCCUCCGACUGUUAUAUCUCAAGCUGAUUUGUUGGAUAAUUUUCCGAAUAUGCGUCACAGUCAUGUUGGAGUUCCUCCUUACUCUGCACUUACAUCUCCAUGUCUCGGUAACAAGUUGGGAUCUAUCCCACAACACUCAUUAUUAAAUUUGAACAAUGGAGCCGGUGAUCGUCACAGUCUACAAAACUCUCCAUUUUAUAAUCACUAUCCCGGAAAUUCUCAGACACAUUUACAGCGACAAUAUCCUGGUUUGUCACCAGGCCCUGCUGGGACAUUGUUUUCUAAUGGAAUGAGUGGAUUUGGUACUACAUCACAAAAUCUAAUCUCGAGAAACGGAUUAUAUCAGGAUGCUGCAUUUUCUCUUCCCGGUUUUCGCCCUUCAAACUCAAGCUCCACGUACUGUCCUCAGCGAGAACUGUUCCCCACAAUUCAGUCAUCCCAUCCCAGUAACAGCUGUCAUAAUUUCAUGGGACCUGGUCUUUUGAUGCAGGAUCGUUUACACUACUAUGCUAUUGCACAGAAGCAUGGGUUCAUAGUUGGUGCUGAACUGGAGCGAAUUAAGGAGAACUCACGCCGUUCUACAAGUCAAUCUUACGGCAGAAUUUCAGCAUAUUUUCGUAAUCGUUAUGGUGAAACAGAAGCUAAGACUAAAGCAGCGUACCUCCAACUAGGAGUGCGUGUGCCAAGCAAGGAUCAUGUUUCCGAGAUUGUUGGAAAAGGUGGUCAGAAAAUCAAAUUGAUACGUGAAGAAACUGGUGCUUUAAUUACAACACCUGGUGAACAAGAAGAACAUGUGUUUAUUAUUGAAGCUCCUCCAGAGAUAGCGAUGCGCGUUGCUCAUCAUUUAGCUACCAGAGCACAAGAAAUAACUCAAAGUAAAAUUGUUGCAGGAGAAAGAAGACGUGGUUCUACUAGUUCACAACCAUGUGGUACAGAUGCUACCGGAGUAAAUAUGACUAAUGUAUCGUCUACUGGUGGUGGUAACUCAGGACCAACUUUAACACCUGGUAGUUCAAAUAACUUUGUUAUUUCUAAUACAUGUCCUGUUUCUGGACUUUUAUCACUAAGCAAUAGUGUGAAUAACUCACCACUUCAUCCAUCUACAACUAUUAAUGUACCUUUCAAUGGUGCUAUUCUUUCUUCAAACAAUUCUGUUCGUAGUUCGAAUACAGCAAUAUUUGCUCCAUCAUUUUCAAGUUUACCAGCUAGUCCAGGGAAUUCAAAUUCAUUGGGUAAUAAUCAGUUACAGUCGAACACAAUCACGAACAGUGGCAUGUUUUCAAGCACAAGUACACCUGGUAGUCGCGUGCUUUUAGCACGUGGUCGAAUAUCUGUUCCUCAGGAAAUGGUGGGUAAGAUAAUUGGCACUCAGGGGUCAAUCAUUACUACUAUACAAAAAGAUACUGGUACAGAGAUUAAAAGCCCUCCGAAGGAAGCCGUACGUGGUCCUAAUGCAACUUCUGAAUUUGAGAUUUCAGCAUAUCAAGGUUUAGGCUUAAGUUCAAACCAGGCGGCUGAAUGUAGAGUACAGCAGGCAAAGCAGUUGAUCGGUCACUUAGUAAUGAGACAAUUGGAACGACGUGCCAGUGAAGAAGUGGAGGAGGCUUCUGGAUCAUCUAAUAUCAGCUCUGAAGAGCAAAGAGUUAACGGUCCUAGUGCAUCGACAAUAUCUAACGUUUGUAACAGCACUUCAAAAACAAACGGUGGUAGUAAUAAUGGUUGGAUGUGGCCUGAUGUUGCUCAAAUGGAUUCACAAGAAGCUCGUGAAGUGUUAGAUCGUAUAUUGGUAGAGUCUAAAAAUAAAACUCGUCGAGCCAAGGAGCUAGCUGUUGUCUCUACAGGGCCUUCAUCAACAUCUGUAUGUUCGAUAACCACUAUGAAUACACAGGGCUCGUUGCUUAGUCUAAAAGGUUGUAAUGGUUCUCAAAAUUCAUCUGGCGAUAAUCAACAUUCUAAUCAUUUCCAGUCUCACUUACUGAAUGGAACUUAUUUUGACAGUACUCAAACAAAUGGCUGUGACGAUGUGAAUUCUGUUGAUACUUCUGCUUGUAAUGGCAAUUCAAACAAUCAAUGUGCACUAAAUAGUGACUCAAGAAUGUUGUCAACUGCAUUUAGUCUAAAUAAUGGUCACUAUAAUCAUCGUUCUCCAACUACACCAACUGACGUUGCAUCAAAUGGAUUUCAAAUGUGUAUUCCACGUACUGUUCAAAAUUUUGACUUAUCGCCAUCAAAUGAUUUUCGCACUAAUAUGAAUCGUGCUCCUGGUUCUAAUUUAGUUUCUGACAUAUGGAAUUCAAUAGCUCCACCACUUACUUCAGUUCCGACAGAUUCGAAUUCACAGCUUCAUGGUUACGUUGGUUCUAGUUCCACAUUGAAUAAUAAUCCAAUUAACCCAUCAUCACCUAAUCAUAAUGGCAAUUCUAUGAAUUGUUCCAAUCACCUUAUAAAUGGUCGUACAUUAGAUAAUACAUUUGACACUGGCAUUUUCAACUUUACCGAUUUAAGACGCGAAACAGAUGAUGACAUCAGUCCGACUAUGUUACUUCAUCAUCGUUUACAACAUGAACAAGAUUUACACCAACCAUUAACUCGUCGACAUAGUGAUUGGAUUGUUCCUUCUUCUCAUCUACUUACUGAACUGACAGCUGAUUCAUGCGAUACUGCUUCUUCACCAGGUCAUCAUCAUACUGUGGUUAUUGAUGAUGCUGAAACAAAUUCACAAUCAUAUUCAAUGAAUAAUUUUAAUUUUAUUCAUGAUUUAGAUCAAUUAUGCUUGAAUUCUUCCUGUGAUAAUAAAGAUGCUGUUGCUAAUGUUACUGCUGCUACGGUGGUAUGCACUACAAUGAAUAACAACUGUAUGACUGUUUGUCCUCCAGGUUUUGAAACACAUGAUCACAAUGAGAGCGAAUCUGUUUUUAUUCAUAAAACUAAAGAAUCUUUAGUUAAUUCUACUCAAUUUUGGUCAUCGUCAAAUUCAAGUAAAACUCAAAGCAGUGGCAAUAUUAACAAUAAUCAUAAUCAUAAUAAUAAUACUAUAAGUAGUAUUAAAAGUAACAAUCUCUCUCAUAAUCUACCAUCAUCAUCUACUGAAUCAUUGGGUGGAUCAAGACUUUUGUCUAAUAUUUCUGUUUUACAACGUUUAUUCAAUACGAAUAAUAAUUCAACAGGUCAAGUGUCUAAUAUAAUUUCUACAACUAAUCAUAACAAUAAUAAUAAUAAUAAUAAUGAUCUUAAUAUAUCCAAUCGUAUGAAUAGUUCUUUUUGGCCUCAGGCUAAUCAUGAUCACAUUCCGAUUUGUUGUGCAUCCAAUAAUAAUAUUAUAGACGAUUCUUUUGGAUUUCCAUAUUUAGAAAGUGAGAAUCAAUUUCAACAGCAUUCAAUUGAUGUGACUACACGAAAUUCAGCAUUUUUUUCGGAACAUUUAAAUGAAUACACCACCGGUUCAAUUGGGAUUAAUAAUAAUAAUAGCAAUAAUAAUAAUAAUAAUAAUAAUGGAGUAGAGAACACAACUAAUAAUGGUGGUAAUCAUCAAUCUGCACGUUGUGGAGCUAUUGGUGAAGGUCGUCGUCGAAGACGUCCUAGUCCAAAUCUCUUGUCAACCGAUAAAGAUACUAUGGCUUUAUCAGUUUCAUCUUCAUUGGCGUCUAUUACAGAAGUGGCCUAGGAUAUAUAUAAUAAUCUCCAUUUCAUCAUGGUUAAUCUGUUUAUGCGAUUUUUAGCCUUUACAAAUCAAUCAAUCAUUCAUCAAGUGAUCUUUUUUUUUUAUCUCAUUUAAUGCAGAAGAAAAACAAAACAAAUGUUAGCAAAUUCACAAACUUAGGCAUGCAAUAGAUUAUUAUUAUUAUCAUUAUUAUUA